AUGUUUCCAUCCUGUUAUUCCAAACCGUCAGGGAAUGGGGGGAAGAAGAGCUCGUGGGCUAAGCUUUUGCUGGGUGUGUUUGUUGUGUACAUGCUGCACACCGCUUGGCUGCUCUAUAGUUUCCUUAACAACAAGCCCUGCGAUGGAGGAGAGCUCUGCAUCACCUCCUACCUGGCUGCAAGACCCAGACUACAGAUGAGUGUAUUUACUUGUCUCGUACCAGACAACAGCCAUCUUAACCUUGCUCUUAAAGUUGACCCGUUCAAUCCACAAUCUUCAUUUGAAAGACAGGUUGCAGUGUCAGUGCCAGAGGAAACCCGGGCUAACGGUAGCUUGUAUGCUGUGGUCUAUGUGCACAAAGCUGGAGUUUCCCCUCUAGAAGACAAUAGAGAGGUCCACUACUCAGCCAAGCUCACCACCUACUUUGCUGCCACAGCAUCAGAGGAGAGGAGGACUUCACGGAAACCAAAGCCUGUAUCACACUGGAGACCUCAUCUGUCCGUUAUAAUGAUGUCUGAAAGUUUCUCAUUCAAUAAAGGAGGAGUUCCCAGUGAUGUGCGCCGCUUCAUGAGAGUCUCUAAGAAUGAAAGACAAGUCACUUACCUUCCUCUUCUGAUGGUGAAUGAGCUCAGCUUCAGAGUCAGAGACCUCAUGGAAAUCAACAGCAGCUCAGUGCAGCUCCCGCUCACUGUGUCCUAUGAGGGCAUUUCUUUGAGGAGAUUUAGGUUUUUUGUCCAAUUACAAGACAUGGUUUAUUCCCUCCGACAAUUUGGCUUCACAGAAGAAAACGUAGAUGAAAUUAAAGAAACACUUGUGGGGUCAAACCUCUAUCUGUUAGUGCUGACUGCACUCAUCACAUCUCUCCAACUUGUAUGUGAAUUUUUAGCUCUUAAAAAUGACAUAAGCUCAUGGAGGGGGAAGAGCAGCAUGGUAGGAAUGUCCAGAAAAACUGUUCUGUGGCGCAGUUUCAGUACGUUACUGAUCUUCAUGCAUCUGCUGGAGGAGACCAGCCUCCUCGUGCUGAUCCCCAUUGGUCUGGGAGCAUUUGUAGAGGUGUGGAAGGUCUUCAAAGUCUAUAAAAUCAAACUGCAGUGGAAAGGUUUAACUGUAAACAAAAUGGACGAUGAAGAAAAGAAAACUGUGGAGUAUGAUACACAGGCUUCCAGAUAUUUGUCCUACUUGGUCUAUCCUCUGUGUAUCAGUGGAGCUAUUUUCUCACUGGCCUACUUACGACAGAAAUGUUACUUUUCCUGGUUACUUAACACACUGGUGACUGGUGUGUAUGCGCUGUGCUUCUUGUCCAUGGCUCCGCAGCUCUUCAUCAAUCACAAAGAUGAAGUCUGUGAGCCACCUGCAGGGGCAGUGUUGGUGUACAGAGGAGUCAACACACUCAUAUCAGACCUGUGCUACACCGCCUCCUUUUUCAACCCUUCCCUGUCCCUCACUUCCUCUCACCAACUCUGCUGCUUUAGAGAUGAACUUUUCCUUCUGCUUUAUCUCUACCAGCGCAGGAAAUAUGGCUUAAAAUCCAGAAGACGAGACUCUGGAACACAAAGCAAGAAACUGAAAACUCAGUGAGAACAAAAUAACAGGCGGGGGAUUAAUCCAAUGAAAGUAAUUUAAAAAGCAACAACCAUUUGACAUCACUGCAUUUCACAUUUCCAGCUUUAUUUAUGAAAAAUCCACUAUAUAAUUCUCUGUGCUUGGUUAAUGUUAAGGUUAAAAUAUGUUAAAUAUUCUUUACUAUCAUUACUACUAUCAUUAUCACCUGAAAGUGGCAUGUUGUUGAACAUCAUGGGACAUGGGGGGGCCAGACUAAGCUCUUUAACUGCAAUAACAAUAUAUGACUUUCAGUUUUUAUCAAUUGUAAUGAGACAGAUUUCAAUAGUAAUACGUGGCAACAGAUUACAACCCUGAAAGCCAGUAUACCCAAAAAGUUCGAAUAUAUUAUCUUGUAUGUAUAUCUCACUUUUUAUUAUAAUUCAGUGGCAUUAAUGAAAAAUUUGAACAUUAAGUGGGAUGAGGGCCUUAAAUAGCUUUGCAGGACAACCAAAAGAGGAACAGGUAGUCACCCAAUCAUUACAUUUCAUGGACCAUGGAGUCAUGGUUUGCUUUGUA